ACACACACAAAUGGUAUGGGUGAGGGAAUCAGAAGAGCGAGAGAGGGAGAAAAAGAGAGAAAGGAGGGGCCGUCCUUACUUGCUCUUCUAAGCGGGAGUGAGAGGAGGUCCAGAGGGAGGAGGCAAACGGGGAGAGCAGGAUUGAGAAAGAGAGUGAGGAAAAGAAGUGGUGCUCUGUUUGCGGAGCAGUCUGGGACCAUGCUGUCAGGCAGCUCUCUCAUCUGGAUUGGGGCGCUGCUUCUGGGGCUAGAGGCUUCGUUGACCGGGGCAUCUGACUUCCAGCACCAUGGAUAUGAGGAGAUGGUGAGAGCUCUUUUUGCUGUCCAAAGCGAAUGCCCCUACAUCACUCGCAUCUACAGCAUCGGUCGCAGCGUGGAGGGACGCCACCUAUACGUCCUGGAGUUCACCGAUAAUCCUGGCAUCCAUGAAACACUGGAGCCAGAGUUCAAGUACGUCGGGAACAUGCACGGGAACGAAGUGCUCGGCAGGGAGCUGCUCAUCUACUUAGCCCAGUUCCUGUGCGCGGAAUACCAGGCAGGAAACGAGCGAAUCACGCGCCUCAUCCACGACACACGGAUCCACAUCCUUCCUUCCAUGAACCCGGAUGGAUAUGAGGUGGCUGCCAGGCAGGGUCCAGAAUUCAACGGCUACUUAGUGGGACGUGGAAAUGCAAAGGAGGUCGACCUGAACCGCAACUUCCCAGACCUGAAUGCUCUUAUGUACUACUACGAGAAGCACAAUGGCCAAAACCACCACCUGCCACUGCCAGACAACUGGGAAUUACAGGUUGAGCCGGAGACUUUAGCAGUGAUAAAAUGGAUGCAGAAUUAUAACUUUGUUCUGUCUGCUAACCUCCACGGUGGAGCUGUAGUUGCCAAUUACCCCUUCGAUAAGUCUCGCGAGCCACGGAUAAGAAGCAAAACAACAUACUCGGCCACCUCUGAUGAUAAAAUAUUUCGAAAGUUGGCAAAGACGUACUCCUAUGCCCACAGCUGGAUGCAUAAGGGCUGGAACUGUGGCGAUUACUUUGAUGAAGGAAUCACAAAUGGAGCCAGCUGGUACUCUCUAUCUAAGGGGAUGCAGGACUUCAACUACCUCCACACAAACUGCUUUGAGAUCACCCUGGAGCUCAGCUGUGAUAAGUUUCCCCCAGCGACGGCUCUCGCCGGCGAGUGGUUAGCCAACAGAGAGGCUCUGGUGUCCUACAUGGAGCAGGUGCACCAUGGGAUAAAAGGCAUGGUUUAUGAUGAGAACAACAACCACAUUAGCAAUGCAGUGAUCUCGGUGGCUGGCGUGAACCACGAUAUCACCUGCGGGACCGAUGGAGACUACUUCCGUCUGCUCUUGCCGGGCACCUACACAGUGACGGCUUCUGCAUUAGGUUACCAACCUUUUACCAGCACGGUGACAGUGGGACCGGCUGAAGCUGUACAGUUGCAUUUCUAUUUGAAAGUUCAACCAAAAGCGACAAACUUGAACGUGAAAGCUUAUGCCAACAAGAAGGGCCCAUCGACGGCGGCUAAGAUUCCUCCCACCAACCUUGGCCCAAGAUAAAGAGCAAGGUCUCUUCUCUUAACACAGACAAAACACACCUUUACUUUAUAAACUGAAGAACAAUAAAGGGAAACAUGGACUCUCACUGUGACAAAUCUCACCUUCCUAUGUCAGGUUCUUUGUUGCUUGUAUAGAUGCAUAAAAGUGUGACAAAUCCAUAUUUUGCUCUCAUGUUCUUGUGGAGCUUAAAUAUAUACAGGUAUGUAUAUUAUAUAAUGGCUUUGAUUAAAAGAACAGGAAGAGGUAGGUUAUGUAAACAAAAUAUAUUUCUCUUUUUAUGAGAAAUUAGUCAUAGACGUUUAGAUGGACUGUAACUGGAAAUUGUGAUCAGAAAUCAGUUUAAGGUUAAUUAUCUCCUAUGUGGAUAAAAAUAAUAAAAUAAACAUUUUAUCAUUUGAAAUAAACUAAGGUUGUUUAUCUAUCUA